CCGGGGUCGCUGGUGGUUCCCUCGCCCCGCCCCUGGGCCCGGCUGCCCGUGUCUGCACCGCGGAGUCUUUUCCUCCUCGGCCCCUGGAGGCAGCGGGUGCAGAGGCAGGAGCGCCGCGGGCCGAGGGACGCUGCGGGAGCACGUCGGGGCCGGGCGCGAGGGGAGGGCAGUGUCCCGGGACAGCGCUGAUGUGGCCGGCCGGCAGCGCGCCGUGCCGUGCCGUGCCGUGCCCCUGGGGACGCUCCCCGGCCGGCGCGCCCGGGCCCGGCUCCCCGUGACCGCGUGUCUGGUCCCCAGGUGGCGGUGAGCGCGGCGUCCGGGACGUGUCCCCACACGACAUGCGGCCCCGGGGCGCGCUGCGCCAGCCUGCCCGCUCCUGCCCGCAGCAGCCAGAGGCCCGCGGGGCGGCCAGGCCGGCGGAGGAGCGGGCACGGAGGGGAAGGGCAGGGCCGGGGGGCGAGCCCCGCCGUGUGCCCGGAGAGCAGCCCCCGCCCCCCCGGGAGCCAGGUGCUGGGACCCUGCGCAGGUCUGAGCCGAAGCCUCCCGGACAAGAACCUGCAAUCCUGGAGCUGCACGGGAGUUCCCCAGGGAGACUGGAGGAGAGGGGCUCCCUGACAUGUGAGCUGGGCCAAAUGCAGGAGGGGCAGGGCAGGCCUCCGGAGCAAGAGCUCCAGGAGGUGUUUGAGGACGUGGCCGUGUAUUUCACACAGAAGGAGUGGGAGCUGCUGGACGAUGACGACAAGAUGCUUUACCGGGACCAGAUGCUGAAGAAUUUCCAAGCCCUCGUUUCCCUGGGAUAUCAAGGCCCUAUACCUGACUUAAUCUGCAGCAUCCAGCAAGGACAAGUGGGGCUCUGGGUCUCUGAUGAUGAGGACUGUGGGGAAAUCUCAAGGUCUGAGGACCUGCUGUCAGGAGGUGCUUGCCUGCUGAGCAGAACUAAAGAGCAGCGUCCUGCAGAAGGGCCUGCCAACCUGGAGCCAGCCUGGACUUUCCUAGGGAGUUUGGGCAAGAUGGUCUCCCUGAGACCUGAGAAGGAGCCAUGGCACAAGAGUCAGGGGAGGCCUCAAAAGCACAAGGAGAACAGAGUGAUGAACCAGGUACCAUCUCCAUUUGAGCGUGAGAGUGGAGAAGGGACAGACAGACAGAGUCCUGGGUGCAGGGAACAAUUUGUGGAGCUGAGAGACCUAAAGAGCCGCUGGGAAGAUCCACUGCAUCCCAGCCAAGGUGUUGGGAAGGGCCUUGGAGGGAAGCAGGAGCUCCCUGCCAAGCACAAGGGCAGAGCUCACCCCUGCCUGAAGGUCAGGAAAGUCUUUAAGUGCCCAUCACUCCUGGCUUUUCAUAAGAUAAGCUACACUGGGGAGAAACCCCACGUAUGCGCCAAGUGUGGGAAAAGCAUCACGUGCCUCUCCUCCCUGACUGUUCACUCUUAGACCCAUUCUGGAGAAUUCCCCCACUGCUGCACCAAAUGGGCUUAAAGCUUUGUGCGCCCCACAGACUUGGUCAAGUACCUACACGUGCGGAGGGGAAAGCAUCAGCACUGCUGUGUAAAAGGCCUUCACCCAUUUCUUCUCCCUGUCUCAGCACUGGUGCAUCCACCUGGGGAGGAAGACACACCGCUGCACUGAGUGCAAGAAGAACUUCAUCUGCCGGCAAGACCUGUCCCAACACCAGUG